GAACGACUUACUAUUCACGCAAGUUUGGGAGCAUUCGGGCCAUAGAAAAGCCUAUCAACAAAGCAGUCGAGUCAGAGAGGAAAAGAAGCUGAGGAGUGUAGUGAGGUUGCCAAGGCGAAGUCGAAGGUGCCCUUGUCCGCCAGUGACCUGGUGACCUUUCUUUGAUGGCCGAACGGUAAAUGAGGCUGUUUACAGGUUCUGAGCCCCCGCGCCGCGGCCCCGGGAGAUCUUGCUUCAUGGUCAUCGUCGCUAGCGAUUGUUAGCGACAUCAAAUACCUGGUGAUAUAGUUAGCCAUCCUAGCUCCGAGAAAUCUAGGAAUACUAGCAGUAGGAAGGUGGUCUCUUUGUUUGAAGUCAAUGGCUUGACUCCUGUCGUCCUGAGAACACGAGGACGAGCAUUGAGUGCUUACUGGCCUGACCUGGUCUGGUGGCAUUGAAUGGAUGAAGUGCUGCAUGCCCCCGCAAACAACGAGUAACUAAUAAUAUUCUAUCGGCGACAAGAUAGAGCGAAGGUUGACAGCGACGGACAAUAAACGGGUACUAGCGGCCACGGAGCGUCGCUCGUCGAAGAACGAUCGCUGACUGCUCAGUGCGAGUGGGCGGCGGCAAUGUCGGCGGAGCUUCGCCGCGACAGCGCGCGCCUGUGGGUGGAGGCGUACCUUGAAGACCUGACCUCCCAUGGCCUGUCGCGCAUCACGGCCACUGCCUCGUACCUGCCUGGCAUAGUGCGACUGCUGUGGGGCGUGGUGUUCGCGGCGGCGUUCGCCUUCGCCCUGCAGCAGUGCAGCAUCCUGGUGGCGCAGUACCGCAAGAACGACGUGGACGUGAGCGUGGACUUCUCGUUCAACAAGGAGGUGGACUUCCCGGCCGUCACCAUCUGCAACCUGAACGCACUGCGCCGCCAGGAGGUGCUCAAGACGCGCCUGCACGAGCACGUCAACGUCACGGCGUCGCCGACGACGGUUUCCGCGGCGCCGGUCACCGUGACGACCGCCGCGCCCACGACAACGCCCACCACGCCGUACGUGUCCACGGUCAACCCGCGCGACUUUGAGGCGAACGUCACGUUGCCGUCGACGGCGACGCGCACGGUCCACACGACCGUGUUCGUGGAGCCGGGCACCGAGGCACCGCUGAUCACCACGGCAACGCUUGGAGAGACAGAGCCGACGCUGGCAACGCAGACGACGGGCAUGCCGAACAUCGCGCCAACCACGGCCGGUGAUGGAAGCGGUGGAAGCAGGACAACGCCGAGACCACAUGCAACAACUGCCAGCGGCGGAGGAACACACGCGCCGGCCACGGGACCGCCAGUGCCCGGCGGCGGUACCACCGAGUCCAGUCAGGGAGUAUGUAUCAUAGCUGGUGUACCAGUGACGCUAACACUGGGCUUGCCUUGCUCCGUUAUGAAGCUUUUGCUCGGAGAAGGCGCGGCGGCCGGCGGACCAGCCAACCAGGACGGAUCGGCGAUCACGCGAGCACCCACCGUCGCCGGCUUCAUACCCGACGAUUUCUUCACCUCGAGCACGACGCCCGACACGAAGACGGCUUCGGAUGCCGUGCUGGAGAUCGCCGACUCGUUCGAAGGAGGCAACACGUCGCUCUUUGCGCACGUCGAAACCGAGAGGAACCGCUACAACCUCCAGAAGGUCGAUCUCACAUCUCACCAGGUGAACUAUCAGUAUGACGAAGCGCCCGUCGUCCGUGAGGAGAUAUCGGUACUCGGCCAUCAGAUUGAGGACAUGCUGUUCAGGUGCCGAUAUGACAGCGAAGGUUGCUCACCAAGCAACUUCACCCAGUUUCAGAACGGUCGCUACGGCAACUGUUACACCUUCAAUGGUGACGAGGCUAGAGUGCUGAGAACGGAGCGUGUUGGCCCUACAUAUGGUCUUCUCAUGGAGCUGGACAUCGAGCAGAGUUUGAACUACAUCGGUCAACUCACCCAGUCAGCCGGUAUUCGUAUGGUGAUCCACAGGCAAGGCGAGCAGGCGUUCCCGGAGUACGACGGCUUCGAUCUUGCGCCCGGCUUCAAGACCUACGUGGGAAUCAGACAGGUGGUCAUUGAGCGACAAGGUCGACCCUACGGAAACUGCCAGGAAGGCAAUCCUCAGGAAGAACUGGCCAGUAGCAAUGCCACGACCUACACCAAAUGGGGCUGCCUGCGCGAGUGCCUCGCCGAGCACAUGCUACGCGAGUGCAAGUGCGUGGACGCCACUUACAUCGACAAGGACGCCAGGCUAUGCCACGCCUACAACCAUCCUGAACAAGCGAAUUGCCUGGCGGAGGUGGACAGACAAUUCAAGACGGACCUGAUUUGCCAGGACUGCGAAGAUCCCUGUCGGAGCGUCAUCUUCCGGAAAUCAAUUUCAUCGGAGCGCUGGCCGAGCAAGCAGUAUGAGCCAGCACUGUUUGCUCGCCUGGCAGAGGAAAAUCGUACCAUCGAUGAUGACGUAGUCACGGCUAAAAUUCGAGACAACUACAUACAAGCGGUUGUGUACUUUGAGGAGUUCAACUUCCAGACGGUCACACAGCGGCCAGCUCUUGAGAUCGUCGACCUGCUGUCCUACAUUGGCGGUACGAUCGGGCUGUUCGUCGGCGUCUCGGCGCUCUCCAUACUGGAGUUCCUGGACAUCAUCGUCAACCUGGUCUACUUCUUCGCCAAGUGGCUGUACAAGCGCGUGCGCACGCGCCUACUCGGCGACGACGUGUUCGACGGCGACGAACGUGAGCUCCAGCGUCGCACGUCCGAUGUCAAAGCCGGACUCUAUUACUGAACAAGAGGAUGCUGGUGCAGGCCCGGCGGAGUUGAUCCGCGGUUGGUCAGGCCAUCACCUCACCGCACCAAACUGUUGGCCACUAACGCAUGCUCACUGCUGAAGAGGUCAUGUGUACCGGCAAUAAUUAAUAUCACACACAAAGUAUAGAAGUCUAUGAUAUGGGCAGACCGAUCGAAAACGGCUACGCAGGCGGUCCUCUGAUGAUGAUGAUGCUUGGUACAUCGAAGUACGAAUCAUUCAACUGUUAAAAUUUAUUUAAUAACUAUCAUAGUUUUUACUUGUAUAUCUAUCUGGUGAUUUGACUGAUUGACCCGUCCCCUGAUUUUUGCACACAGUCUCAGUUAUCACUGUUUUAAGCCCGGUCCGUACAAGAGGCCGUAGUACUAAAGCCUAUAGUACCGAAAUUUUCGGUGCGUUUUAUUUUAGGUGAAAAUUGUCGGCACCGAACUUACCGAAAAUAAAGCACCGCCGAAAAAUUCUGCUUUUACAGUAUACAGUGGUUUGUUCUAUUCACGUCGGUGACUACAAAUCAAUAAUAGCCUGUAUGCAUGUA